UUCUGUUUAUCUAAAUUUGUUUUUAACUCAUUGCACCAGUGCAGUUAAAAAUAAUAGGAUAAACUCUUGUUCGGAAAUUUACUUAAACAUGGGUUUUGUUCUGGAAUUUUCUGCUAUUAUUACGUUUUAUCCAACACAUGUUUGAAUUAUUGUUGCAUGACAUAAUGAAAGAAAAUUUGAAGAGAAAUAUAAUUCUCAAAAGUCAAAUCGACAUAUGUGCAGAUAUCCGUAAUUUGAUAUGAUAGUAUUCUUGUCUACUUAAAAAAUUUAAUUUUUGCAUAAAGUAAAAAAAAAUCCUCAAAUUUUAAAUUAUCGAAAGCACUAUAACUCGAACAUCUUUACCAACCGUGCUUUCGAUCGGUUGCGUGUGCUGGUGCAACAAACUAAACCAAUAAUAUACAACAUUUCAAACAUUAGUUUUCGAAUUUUUGUCUACGUGUCAUUUUUUCUUCGACUAAAGUCGAGGGAGGGGGAGAGAGAGAGAGAAAGAGGGAGGGCAUUCUCCCUUCCCGGAUAUCGACAGCGUCCCGUCGCCUCUAUCAUCCGGCGGAAGUUGGGCCGCCACCAUUUUGGCAGUUCGAGUUCUCGGCCAUUUUUGUUGCGUCAACGUCGAGUGCGGCCAGGGGCCUCUCGCGCUUUCCUAGCAAUCACGCCAGUUGCCAGUUGCCUCCGGGAUUCCUCCGUAUCGUGUUGAACGAAAGACUUGACUGAUACGCGCCGUUCUUCAUUAAACUGAUAAAGAAUCGCGAGUCGCGAGAAUAACGAGGCUAACCGCCUGACGAGGCGUAUAUAUCAAUCCGUGACACGACAAAGAAACCGAGAGAGAGAGAAAGAGGGAAAGAGACAGAGAUAUCGCGUUGGGACGCGUUGAGAAUUUUUUCGGCUAGUGUGUGUGAGAGAGAAAGAGAGUAGACGAGCUAAAAGGGCUUCAAGCGACAGAGCUGCGAAACCUACGCACCGAGGCGGAGUAAUAUGAGUAAUGCAGCCAACCAGAAUGGAUCAGGUCUAGAGCAGCAGCUAGCUGGUCUGGACUUGCAGGGCUCCCGCCAACCAAGUGGGGGUCGCUACAUUCCACCGCAUCUUCGUCAUAAAGCUGCGAGUAACCUUCCUGCAGAGUUAAGUUACUCUUCCAACUCAAGACCGUUUAGUGAUCGAGACCGAGGGGGAGAUCGCGAUCGCGACCAUGAGAGGGACCGUGAUCGAGAUAGGGGCAGAGGUGGUUUCCGAGAUUCACGGAGUCCUCGCGACGUCGACUUUACGAAUUUUGGAAGCUUCGGACGCAACAGGCGCAGCCAGGAAAAUGGAAGAGAUUUCCCAAGAUUCCCCAAUUCCGAGCGCGAUCGACCGAUUAGCGGCAACGAUCGCUGGCAGGAGCCUAUUAGAAAUGAUCGCUGGCAAGAUAUCAGAAAUGACCGAAUGGGCGGCGGACGAUGGGGUGACGACAGAGGUGGCCGAGGUAGAGGCGAGGUCGACUGGACAAUCCCCACUGCCAGGGAUGAGCGAUUGGAGCUGGAGCUGUUUGGUUCUGGCAAUACUGGGAUCAAUUUUAGCAAAUAUGAGGAUAUCCCAGUUGAGGCUACCGGAGAGAACAUCCCACCACACAUCACAUCUUUUGAUGAGGUUAAGCUGACAGAGAUAAUAAAGAAUAGCAUCGCCUUGGCAGGAUAUGACAAGCCUACACCGGUACAGAAGUAUGCGAUACCGAUCAUCAUUGAACGCCGUGACGUGAUGGCCUGCGCUCAAACCGGGUCCGGUAAAACAGCGGCCUUCCUAGUGCCAAUACUGAAUCAGAUUUAUGAGAGCGGGCCGCGACCGCCACCACCGCAAGCGAACUCCUCUGGCAGGCGUAAACAGUAUCCAUUAGGUCUAGUAUUGGCUCCCACGAGAGAGCUCGCUACGCAGAUAUACGAUGAAGCGCGGAAGUUUGCAUACCGAUCGCGAAUGCGUCCCGCAGUCGUCUACGGUGGUUCCAACAUAGUGGAUCAAAUGCGCGAACUGGAUCGCGGUUGCCAUUUACUUGUAGCGACGCCUGGGCGUCUGGUAGAUAUGCUGGGACGCGGUAAAAUCGGUUUACACAAUUGCCGAUUCUUGGUACUGGAUGAAGCGGAUCGCAUGCUGGACAUGGGUUUCGAACCACAGAUAAGACGCAUUGUCCAGGAGGAUAACAUGCCACCGACUGGAGAGAGACAGACUCUCAUGUUCUCCGCUACUUUCCCAAAAGAGAUUCAAAUGUUAGCCAGAGAUUUCCUCAGCAACUACAUCUUCUUGGCGGUCGGGCGUGUAGGAUCGACUUCCGAGAACAUUACACAGAAGAUUGUGUGGGUAGAGGAACAUGACAAACGUUCAUACUUACUUGAUUUGCUGCAAGCUAGCAACUUCGCAGAUCCUACUGCUGAGUCACUCACCUUAGUGUUCGUGGAGACUAAGAAAGGUGCCGAUAUGCUCGAAGAAUACUUGGCCUCAAUGGGAUACCCAGUUACUAGCAUUCACGGCGAUAGGACUCAACGCGAGCGAGAAGAAGCGUUGCGUCGCUUCCGCGCAGGCAAAGCGCCGAUUUUAGUCGCUACCGCAGUAGCGGCACGUGGUCUUGACAUACCGCAUGUUAAACAUGUCAUUAAUUUUGAUUUGCCCGGCGACGUUGAAGAAUAUGUUCAUCGUAUCGGCCGUACCGGUCGUAUGGGCAAUUUAGGACUGGCUACAUCAUUCUUUAAUCAUAAGAAUCAUAAUCUGGUACGUGACUUGGUAUCUCUGCUUAUCGAAGCCAACCAAGAACUUCCACCUUGGUUGGAUGAUAUGUAUACGGAUGCGAGAUAUUCCGGAGGUGGAUCUCGGCGACCAGGAGGCGGCGGUGGUGGUGGCGGCGGCGGCGGCGGCGGCGGCGGCGGUGGUGGCACCAAAGGACGCUUCGCUGGUGGUGGCUUUGGUGCAAGAGAUUAUCGUCAACAACCCAGUUCUGGGUCUGGUCGUAGUAAUGGGCCCUCUAGACCUGGUGGUUAUGGAGGUUAUUCAAGUUACGGAGGUAACUUUUCUAAUUCAUCGUACAAUAAUUCCACUAAUAAUGGCAACAGUGGCCCUGACUGGUGGGGGGGAGCAUGGGACAAGUAGAGAGAGAAAGAGACGAUUAUUUCCAUCUCUAUUUCUACUUCUAUCAUCAUUAUUAUUAUUACUCUACACGCAAAUUCAAUUAUAUGUAAGGAAGAGACACGACAUUAUCAUGUCUGACACUACACGCACGUGUUUUGCGCGCGUAUACAUGUAAACAUGCGCAGAGUUACAGACAGUUUCACGUAUAAUACGUAUUCACAUUUUCGCUGACUGCCUGUGCACUUCGAGUUUUUUUUUGUUUGGAUGAGAAGCAUAAAAAGAAUACUUAUGUUUAAAAUUCCACUAUAUUACAUCUGUUCGUGAGAACGACAUUGACAAAUCCUGCGUGCAAUUUAGUAUUCGCGCUGGUAGAUCACCGGAGGAUAUUUCAAACGUGAAUGAUCUCACUAUAAAAAAGUGCGAGUAUCGUAAAUAGGAUUUGUUCAACACUUAUUAGUUAGAGAUCCAUCCAACAUUUCGUUGCCGUGCGUGCUGAGAAACACAGUAGUAUAACCACUAACGAAUCAAAUCGGUAAAAUCGUUAAGCCCUGUUUCGAAGGGAAUAACGAUGUAACACAUAGUAGCUGAAGAAACUUAGUAAAAUUUUUUAGAACUCCUGUCGAGACUAUGGGGCUCAUCGUAACUUUAUUAUUUACGUUUAUUUUUCUCUUUUAUAGGGGUACGGUGGGCGUAUCUUCGGUAGUUAUAGCGUUUAAACGGUUGACUAUUUGUAAAACAUUUUAAUGCACAAGUAUUUUAUUGCCUUUGCUAAUAUAAUGGCCAGUAAAAAAAGUCCGUGCAAUUUCGUUCAAAUGGAUAGCAUAAUUAUUUCUUUAUACACAUGCACGUUUAUCGAUACACCUAGGAUACGCCAAAUUACCGUCGCCAUAGAUUAUAUGAGGAUUCCUUAUUAUUUUUUUCUUAAUUUGCUGUAGUUCAGCGACGAAUGGUACUUUGUUGUUUUGCCGUCCCCAAAGAGAGACGAUAUUGCGCCGGCAAUAUUAUAUGGUUUACUUGAAAUAAGCCACGUGAAUUUUUCGGGGAUCGACGGUUUUGAUAUUGAGAAUGAAAAAAUGGCAACACAGGCUACGUCUUAAGAUACCUUUAGAAAUCUCACUUUUUAUUAUAACCUGAUACACAUCGUUAAUUUUAGAAAAAACUGAAAGAGCGUUUAUGCGCUCUUACAGCCGGCAGUUGUUUUCAUAAGUUGGGCUAGGAUCACAUGAGAAAAACUUUAGCAUAAGACAUAAGCAGUACUAUAAUCAACAUGAUUUAUUUGUUAUUGCUUACGUUAAUGUUUGCGACUGUGAUUGGCCAAUUCGCUUACUAAUUGUUUUUCUCUGUGAAACUAGCAUUAUUCUCAUAUAACUUUGAUCGUUACAGUGAGACUUCUGUUACAGUAAUACAUAUAGCGGUUAUACAACGUCAAUGGAUAAAAACAAAGAUUUUAGACAUUCUCAGUCGUAAUAAUGUAAAAUUUUUGUUUAAAGAAACAAUCUUUUUUUUUUAAAUAAAAUUUGCUGUCUUUGCACUGUCUCUUACAAGUUGUAAACGAUCGCUCUAGACGACGAAAGAACGUUCAGAAAUACAUGUAAUGAAUAUAUGGAGGUUUCACUGUAUACGAACGCGGCCAGAUAUGCUUUAGGGGAAAGAGCAGGUAUAUAUAAAUGUUUUUAUGUACCUGAACUUUAGUAAUUCUACAGACGGAACUGCUGCAUUGAUCCCACGUGGAAGCGUGCUUCUCGAGUAGCAUUUCUAAAUGUAACGAGACGUUGCCCUGCGAAAUUGGUAUGGCGCUUUAUACAAAAAAUCUUAGUCUACAAUAUCGAAUGCGAAUGUGUGAGUGCUCAUGGAAGAUAAAUUAUGUUGAGACGGGUUAAAAAUACGGUUGCAGUUACAGAGGGGUAUUAAAACAAAAAGUAAAGAGGGAGAAAUGCUUUUGCAUUGAUAUAGCGGGAUCUAUCUUCAUUCUUAAGAAAAUAAAAGGGGAUGGGGGGGAAAGAUAGAAAGCAGCAUAAGCCUCUUGAGGGAGACACGGGGCGCACUCAUAUUAUUUUCUAGCUGUAUUUAUCAGUAUGAUACGCGCGUUAUAUAUAAAUACAUAACACUAAAAUAAUUGAAAAACGACUGUGAUAUCAAACGAUCUUGUGACAUUCAAUUUCCACGUGAAUUGAUAAAUGAACAAUUAACGAAGUAACAAAUACAAUAAAUGUGUAUUAAUUAAUCGGUAUUGAAUGUCGGGAAGGAUAACUAGCUCAGUUUGUUUGAGCUGAGAACAAGAAUAUUAAGUCGUUAACAGUUAACACACACAAGACAACGUGGCUGUUGUCCGAUCGGGGAGGGCUGAACGCUAGGCUCUUGCGGUCCUGGGGACCUUUCUAGGGCAUUGUUUCUGCUUAAAGUAACGCGCAUUAACGAUAUAUAGGUGACGCGAGCUCGCGAGUUAUUUACCGGUUGAAUGAUGGAUGGUGUUGUUGGUAGGGCUUUGGUAGGAUGUCGAAUAUCGUUUUGUGCUAAACCGUGUCGGGUUCUUGUCUAUCUAAUCUAACUACGUGAGAGAAAAAAAAGUACAAAUUCGAUUUGCGUCACAACCGACAGGAUUUUUAGACAUGUCAUACUUAUACCUGUUAUAUUACUAGAUUUAAUAGUGCAAUUCGCGUGCGUGAAUCGUAUGCCGUGUGACCGUGGACCAAGGUGUGAAUGCCUCUUUUACUAGAGAGGGAUCGAUAAUUAUUUCAUCAUAGAAGCAUUCAAGGCGUGGGGUAGCGUUUAACGAGGUAAAAUAUUCGUUGGCUUCCGACCGUUGGGUGCGAGUGUUCUCAAAUUUUUAAUACGAUUCUCGUCAUCGAGGCUAUAUUUACGUCAGCUCUCGGAGCUCCCUGCCACAAGAACGUUACUCACAAGAGAAUCCUUUCGCGUGGACGGUGGUACGCUCCUCCGUGCCGUGUUUGCCGCCCGCAGAUAAACCGCCAUACGGCGACAGAAUCCAUUUGAUUUCAUUUGAUUCUGCCAUUGUGAAACGCGGAUUUUUACCAUGCCGUGACGAUAUCUCGCGUAUAUCUGCGACGUGUAUCAUUUCGUAAGGAAUAUAUACCUUGCGUCGGUUCCGAGACUGAUGUUACGUACGCAAGCUCCUUGCGUCUUCUUUCCUAUUUUAUUUUGUAUUAUUUUAUAAAAAAUGACCAAGGGGAAAAGGUAUCAAUAAAGUUCUGAUUCUACGAUAGAGAAAAUUGAUUUGUGAACAAAGCCAGAAUAUGUAACGGAUCAAAUUUAACGUACGCGAUACGAUAUUUUAUCACUAGCUCUUGGAUGCAUAAAAAGGGGGGAGCUUUAUGAGACCUUUUCUUUCCUUUAGGUAAUUUCUACGGGAGAAAGAGAGGGAUGCUGCGUCCCUUUCGUCGAAUAUUCGACUUAAAAUUUGUCCUAUUAGCAAACAACGCAUCCAAGGGUUAAAGUUCAACUGUACUACGAUGCGUUAGGCAUUCGCGACGCGUCGAUCGCGUGUUACGCGUUUUAAUCAGUCCUAUGCAUUUUGAAAAUUUUGUGUUUGUAACUUACAUGGUGGGCAGAGAGGAGUAUUUCAAGCGCGGCGGUUAUUAUAUGACCAAACGCCGCUUCCACAUACAAUUGUUACUUCCUAGUUUUUUCUCCUAAUUUAUUUUUUCUUUAACGUCGAUCGUAUCCAUUAGCAGAGAGAAACUUUGGCGUUGCAUUUCUUGUAAAUCCGAGGCACACAUGACGUGAUUAUCGAACCUGGUUAUCGUCGAAUGUUCCUGCAACAUAGUCAAAUGUCCACCGUGUAGUAAACCGACAUAUUAGUAAAUUAAACGUACGGUACUAUGAAUUUUUUUUUUUAUAGCGUAUUAGCAUACUUAGGAGAAAUAGGGAGAACGGUAUAACCGCGAUUAUAUUAUUUAUUCAUCGAUUUAGUAUUUAUUUUCUACGUUUUCGGGAGGUAAACAGUAAAUGUAUCUUCUGUACUGUACACGUACUUUUCGUCUCAUGUUUGGUCCUCUGAAGUAUAUCGGACGAGCAGCCUUAAGAGAGAAAAAGAAACACUUUAUGGUAUACAAGUAUAAAGAACGGAAUAUACGAUCAGACGAAAGAUUAAUUUAAAGAGUAUAGUGCGGGGAAAAGUGACGGAAAGAAGGGCGGAGAGGAACGGAAAUGGAGAGAGGGGCUAUCGGGCGGGCAAUUAAAGGGUAAAGGGGGGGGGGGGGAAUAAAAUGGAGGGGAGAAAAGCGGCGUUGGACUGUGACUGCAAUCAUUACCGAGGAGGAACAGGAAAUUCCGCAAAAAACGGAACACAUUGCACAUCGUAUGAAAUGUAAAACGCGAAUGCGCGCGCGAUUGUAAUAAUACGCCAGCGAGUCGCGGCGAAAAUUGUUCACGUGCGAGUAGUCUUGUAUUUUUUAUUAUUUUACAUUAAGAGCGCGCUGCUCGUCGACCGGGCGAUGCCCGACGACGUUUUUUGUCGAGAGAGGAGGGACGGGCGCGCGUCCCGUUCUCACAAUUUUUUUUGCAUAUCCCUCGGGGAUGAACUCUCGCGGGGGAGAGACAAGGAAAAGGGAUGCGCGCGCCCGUUUCUCCGGAGGUGCGCCAGCGAGAGGUGGGAUGGCAAAAGAAAUGUCUUCUAACUUGUUCCGAGCGUUUUUUCAUUUGGUAUCGAGGACGUACGUCGUGCGCAUAUGUAACCGGCGAAUAUCCGAAGGCGUGCGAGGAAAAGGAAAAUUCAACUCGCCACGUACGGCGAAGGGGUUGCGAUUUAUUCGACGGGGGAGGGGUGAGCGAUAUGCGUACGAUGCGAUCGCAUGAGCGCUCGUGCGACGCUCCUCGUAUCAUUAUUUAAAAUUUGUAACUAUAAUGAUACUGCUAAUCACUUCACUCGCAUGUUCGAGCGGGAGAGGUGUCUUCAACGGAACGGUGAACGUACCAUUCUGUCGGUCUCUUAUUUAAUAAUUUGCACAUUUACACGCUAUUGUAGAGGCGAAAAACCGGAUAUACGAACAAAGAUUAAGCGACUGUUCCGAUGAACUAUUGUAUAUAUAUAUGUAUAUGUACGUAUACAUUUAUGUUACAUAUACAUAUUGGAUUGGCAAGAAAGUAAUUUCGGUUUUCUCAUACAGAUAGUCUUAUGUUUGCGGUGACGUUUUUUUGUUACCGUUAUGAUGUUUUUCUUUUGUCAUUCGACAGACUUGUGACUUACUAUAAAUAGCAAAUUACGCGGCAUUUCGCUUGUAAUUGUUAGUUCAAAUCGAUGUUAACAUGGAGUGCCGAAAUGAACAUUUUCGACAUAUUUUAGUUUUUUAUUUCCGCAAAGGUAAGAAAGCUGCUGAGGCUCAUAGAGACAUUUGUGAAAUUUAUGGUUGUGAUUGCAUAACAAUAUAUGAUGUUUUUCUCUUGUCAUUCGGCAAAAGAAAAACAUCAGAACGGUAACAAAAGAACGUCACCGUAAACAUAAGAUUAUCUAUAUCAGAAAACUGAAAUUACUUUCUUGCCAACCCAAUAUAUAUGUACAUUGGAUAAAUUGAGUAAAAGGAGAGUGUUUCUAAAACUGGAAGGGGAGAGGAGAGAUUGAUUAAAGAGGAAGGAGGAAAGGGUUCAUCAGCAUGCGUCGUAUUUAUUCUUCAUUAGCAAUAAAACUCCCUGUGCGCGUUUCUCUUUUCUUUUUCUUCCUCCAUUUCUUCGAUUCCUCCUUUCCCUACUUUCUUCGGCGUUCUAGACGCUCUUCCGUAACACGUACUUCUUACGUGCGUAGGCAUAUGUAACGUAUGCUCGUGAAGAAUUGAUGUAGAGUGUCAAUAUUGUUACAAGAUACCUCAUACGGGACGAUCACAUAUUAAUUCGAUGUUCUUUCAUUCGGUGAAUUUUUCCGUUUAUUUAUAGUAUUAUGCGAAGAGAAGGAAGAGAGUGACAGGAGACUUCUACAAAAAUGAAUAUAAUAAAGAUUACAAAAGGA